AUGGAGCACGCAGACCCAUUCCUACAAGUCCAAGCCGAUGUGGUCUCAACCCUACAAACCAGCCGGCCACUCUUCUCCUCAUACCUCCGCAUCCGGUCACUAGCCAAAAGCCCCUCCAACCCAGAACUCAAGCAAGCGCGCUCGGAACUCGAAAGCACAUUAACAGAGCUAACAGCCGACCUCAACGACCUCGUCGAGAGCGUGCGCGUAAUCGAACAAGACCCCUACCGCUUUGGCCUGGAGCUAGAGGAAGUGCAGCGGCGGCGCAAGCUCGUCGACGAUGUCGGUGAUGAGGUCGAGAAAAUGCACCAGGAGCUACAGCAGACUGUCUCCAACUCUGCCGUCGACACGCUGCCGAACCCUACCGAGUUUGAUGCGGCGCUUGAGGAGGAGGAGCGCGGCCGGGGCGGGGACGAUUAUUAUGCCUCUUUGGAGCAGCAGCGCCAGACUGAGCUUAUGCAUGAGCAGGAUGAGCAGCUUGAUGGUGUUUUUCGCACUGUGGGCAAUCUACGUCAGCAGGCUGAUGAUAUGGGUCAUACAUGGUCCUCGUUUUGUAUCGCAGCACUCAUUUUCGUCCUCGUCUUAUUAUUAAUCCUACUCAUUGCACUGUGA